GAACGACUAAAGAAAAUUCUUUCUCCAAAAAAACAACAACUAAAGAAGCAAUAAAAAAACAGAGAAAAAAAGGAAUCUAGUUUUUUUGUCUCCUCAUUUACACUGAGUUUAAUGUUUAAUUUGUUUAACUUAUUAUGUCAGAAGUACAAAGAUGAUUAUGAUGAAAAGGCUAUAAGAAACCCAUAACAUAGAUAUUUAAAUAUAUUUGCUUAGCUCUUUUCAUUUUUUGGGACUUCUUGGUUUCUUUAUAUUUUCCAGCUAUUGUAUUGCUCUUUCUGAUCUUUGUUGGGGUGUAUGAUGAACAAUCUCAGCCAUCUUGAAUCAGAUUACUCUGAGUAUGUUGAAGUUGAUCCUACUGGAAGAUAUGGAAGAGUAAAUUUCCUUUAUAUCUCUCAAUAAUUUGUUUGUUUAUUAUGAUCAUCUCUUUUGUUUUGUUGAGUUUUUUUUGUUAUAUGUGUGUGUUCUUGUUGUUUUAGUACAAUGAAGUUCUGGGUAAAGGAUCUUCAAAGACUGUGUAAGAAUCCAAUUUCUCUCUUAAGUUUUCUUACCUUUUUUUCAAGUAUCAACUUCUCUAAAACUUUGGUGUUGGAGUUUCAUGCUUUUCAAAGACAAGUUCUUACUUUUUGUUUCAAAUUUUCUUAGUAAUUUUGAUUAUUUUUCAUUUUCAUAGAUGUUUUUUUUUUUGUAUUUUUUUGAGUUUUAGCUUUUUACUUUUAGUGGUGGUUGAUUCAUGAUUGAUUUUUAAAAAGAUUUAUCAUUUCAAAGCGAAAAAGGUUGAAAUCUUUGAUCAUUAAACAAAAAAUGGGUUUAGUGAUUCUAAACUAGAAAAAGACUAUGUUUUUGGUUCCAUAAUUUGGAUUUGCAGUUACAGAGGAUUUGAUGAGUAUCAAGGUAUAGAAGUAGCAUGGAACCAAGUAAAGCUCUACGAUUUCUUGCAGAGUCCUCAAGAGCUAGAGAGGCUCUACUGUGAGAUCCAUCUCCUCAAAACCUUAAAACACAAAAGCAUCAUGAAGUUCUACGCUUCUUGGGUCGAUACCGAUAAUCGAAACAUCAACUUUGUCACUGAAAUGUUCACUUCUGGCACCUUGAGACAGUAUAGGCUAAAACAUAAGAGAGUGAACAUAAGAGCGGUAAAGAAUUGGUGUAGACAGAUUUUAAGAGGAUUAAACUAUCUUCAUACACAUGACCCUCCUGUGAUUCAUAGAGAUCUCAAGUGUGACAACAUUUUUAUAAAUGGGAACCAAGGAGAAGUCAAGAUUGGAGAUCUUGGUCUUGCUGCUUGUUUACAACACUCUCACGCUGCUCAUUGUGUUGGUAAGCAAUCUCUCUUCAGUGUUUUUGCUUUGCUGAAUCCAUCAAUAGUUGGAUUAUGAUCUGUUGAAAGUUGUUUGAUAUCUUUAGGCACACCAGAGUUCAUGGCUCCUGAAGUUUAUAAAGAAGAAUAUAACCAAUUAGUCGAUAUUUACUCGUUCGGUAUGUGUGUUUUGGAAAUGGUAACGUUUGAUUACCCGUAUAGUGAGUGUUCUCACCCUGCUCAGAUUUACAAGAGAGUUAUAUCGGGCAAGAAACCAGAUGGAUUAGACAAAGUGAAGGAUCCAGAGGUUAGAGGGUUUAUCGAGAAGUGUUUGGCCACAGUGUCCCUUAGACUCUCUGCUUGUGAACUACUAGAUGACCAUUUUCUUUGUAUCGAUGAAUCGGAUAUGAGACGCGUAGAGAGCGAAAAGGGCUUGAUAGAUGAAGCAGGGACUCCUCUUAGACAUUCUUAUCAUAUACCUCACUACUCAAACGGUUACUACAGCCUCUAUAAUCAAAACCAAUGGGAUUACAAUGGAGAUGAGACAGUGGAGUCACACGAGAUAGAUCUCUUGGAGUUUCAAAAUGAUGAUGAUGAAGAAGAAGAAGAUAAGAGGUUUGGUAGUGUAGAUAUAAGCAUUAAAGGGAAGAGAAGAGACAAUGGAGAUGGACUAUUUCUGCGACUCAAAACCGUCAACAAGGAAGGUUGUGUGAGAAACAUAUACUUCCCGUUCGACAUCGAGACUGACACAGCAAUAAGCGUUGCAAGAGAGAUGGUGGAAGAGCUGGAGAUGGAUGACCGUGAUGUCACAAAGAUAGCUAAUAUGAUCGAUGGAGAGAUUGCUUCUUUGGUUCCUAAUUGGAGUAUCUUCUGCAGCUCCGAAUCGAACCGUUCCUCGGUGGGUUCAGUCAUGGAUUUCAAUGAGAUGCAGUGUGGAAGAGACGGGUGUGAAGAGAAGCAUGGACGGUUUGAGGAGAUUACGUUUGAGAUAACAGUAAACGACUCUGACGAAGAAGACUAGUUUUCUUGUGCGGCAAGUAAUGUGAUACACUAGCUAUAUGGAUCUAAAACCUUUCUCUUUGUCCAUAGUCUUAUGUUAACACUAUUGAUCAUUGGGAAUGUGGUUCACAAACAGAUGAAUAAUUCCAUUACUAACCGUUAGCAUCUGAAUCACACCAUGCCAAAGGGAGAAGAGAAUGUUGUAAUCUUAUUAAUCUUAAAGAGAGCGUAUAUAUA